UCAUCAGCAUAGGUGAUGGGUCGAGAUGCGAGUGGGGCCAGGGCUGGUAUAAAAGGGGCACCGUGGCAUCUGUGGAGCAUCAGUCCUCUAAUCCAAGGAACAGCAGCAACCAUGAGGGCAUUCAUGAUCGUGGUUCUCGCCGCAUCGGCGAUGGCGCGACCGGAAGCAGGCUACUCUUACUCCCAACCCAGCUCUAGUUACGGAGCACCUGGCGGUGGUGGAUCCACUGGAUUCGGCGGAGGUGUCGGCGGUGGACUUGGCGGACUCGGUGGACUAGGCGGGCUUGGCGGUGGAGGUGGCGGAGGAUUCGGUGGCGGUGGCGGUGGCGGUGGCGGUUUCGGUGGUGGUUUCGGAGGCGGUGUAGGCGGUGGAAUUGGAGGCGGUUUCGGAGGCGGCGCAGGUGGUGGCAUCGGAGGUGGUUUCGGCGGUGGAGCAGGUGGUGGCGGCGGCGGCGGUGGCGGUUUCGGAGGAGGUACUCUCAUCCAGAAACACAUUUACGUUCACGUGCCACCACCAGAAGCACCGGAAGAUAGACCUGCCAGACCCAUUGCCCAACCACCACCACCACAGAAACACUACAAGAUCAUCUUCAUCAAGGCGCCAACUCCUCCCACACCUACUGCUCCUGUUAUCCCUGCUCUUCCUCAGCAAGACGAACAGAAGACGCUGAUCUAUGUGUUGGUUAAGAAACCGGAAGAAGCGCCCGAGAUCUCUCUGCCUACCAUCGCGCCUACCCAACCAAGCAAACCGGAAGUUUACUUCAUCAAAUACAAGACUCAGAAGGAGGUCACGUCCGGAGGUGGUGGUGGUGGUGGUGGUGGCGGCGGCGGUGGCGGAAUCGGCGGAGGAAUCGGCGGAGGAAUCGGUGGAGGAGUUGGAGGUGGAAUCGGCGGCGGAAUCGGCGGUGGAAUCGGUGGCGGAAUCGGCGGUGGCAUCGGCGGUGGCAUCGGCGGCGGUGGCAUCGGUGGUGGAAUCGGCGGUGGUGGCUUGGACGGCCAUGGUGGAAGCGGACCAAGCGGACCAAGCACGUCCUACGGUGCUCCCAGUGCUUCAGGAGGGCCUUACUAGUCACACGAAAUGCCCGUUGAACCCCCGCAGCUCCUCCUCCAUUCACAAUCGGACCCAUCUUAACGCUCCGCGACACGCACGCAUUCACGGCUUCGGCCACGGCUUUAGCCACGGCUCAAUAGCGUCCCUUUUGGACGCGAAUCUCUGUGAUCCUACGUGGACGACCACGGCGACGAGCAGGAACACGAUCGACGGACCAAUCGAUGCCAAGAUAUGGCUCCUGCUCGCGAUUCGGAGUUAUACGAUUAGCAAGAAUUAUAUGAGAACGACCACGAUCAUAUGGAUGACCGUGACGACCACGAUGAUGAUGAUGAUGAUUAUGAUUAUAAUUAUGAUUAUGAUGAUGAUGAUGAUGAUGAUGACGACGACGACGACGAUGAUGUUGGCGACAAACGUUAGAAGAACGAUAACCAAGAAGAAGAAGAAGAAGAAGACAACAACGACGACGACGACGACGACGACGAUUAGGAUUAAAAGUUUUUUUAUACGUUACUUUUUGCAAGAAAACGGUGGCGAAAUAAAGCUUUUUUUAUGUAUUUUUACAUAAA